AUGGCUAUAGAUAUGGGCACUAGAGAUGCGCAACCUAACACGUACCCGACCCGACCCGAAGUGCAAGCCGAUAUGACACAAAAUGAAAGCUCCAACAAAACGCAGAACGCCGCAGAAUCUCUUGGUCUGGAAUCUGACGCCACUCAACUAGAACCAAGGCUGCCUGCUGGUAACGAUGAAAAUUCAUCGCAACCUGAACAUCCGUCAUCCGUGUGUCAGUCUGACAUAUUACAGCAGCGCUUAGCGAGAAGUAAACUACCAAUGUCAAACACGUGCUUUCCAACUCGAGAUUCUAACAAGGUUGAAGAAAAUGUGAACAAUGUUUUGUACAAUCAAAGUUUAGCUGGAAGUUUACUUUUGAUGGCAGUAUGUUUGUGGAACAUAUUUUAUUAUAUAGAGCAUGGUUGCUUUCAAGAAUUUCGUAAAUUAUUAGAAUUACACUAUGUAGAAGCUGUACAAAUGAGAAAUGAAAAAGAUCAAACGAUUUUGCAUGUUGCUGUCAUACAAUCACUUGCUUAUGUAUGGAUUCGACUGUUGUUGAUGAGAGAAGUUGAUUCAUGUGCUAGGGACAAAGACGGUUACACAGCCGCCCAUUAUGCCGCUGAAAAAGAUGAUUUAGAAAUGUUGAAAGCGCUCACCAUGAAGUUUCAUGACAAAGUUAAAACACUAGCAUCUAGCAAUGUAGAAAAAAUUUAUGCUAGUUGUAUGGAAGCACUCACAAUAACCGAAAAGUCUGCUUGCAAUAAAACAGCAAUGAAGUGCGUUAGAUACCUGCAUGAACAACAACCACAUACCAAUGUAAAUCAGACGGAUAUUUUUGGUGAUACAUCACUACAUUAUGCUAUUGCGCAUAACCAUAAAAAUCUAACAGAAUUUCUCGUUAUUGAAUGUCAGUGCGAUAUCAAUGGUGGUAGUGAAAAACGUCCAAGUCCAUUAGAUAUAGCUAUAUUUAAUCAGAAAGCAGAACUUGUGAAUUUUUUAUUGUCAAAAAAUGGGAAAAGUCGAUUUCAAAUUAAACACGAAAGUAAAAAGUGUAAAAUAUUUGAAGAUGAUCUUCGUCUCGAUAUAGAACGUUUAUCGAUUGAACCAGUGAGUACUCGAUCCAUGAAGCUAGAAAUUGAUACUACCAAUGAUUAUCCAGUUGAUCAAGGAAUGGAAGUGAUGGAUAAAAAAAGGAUAUAUGAAAUAACUAAAGCAGCUUUAGAACAAAUGAAACUGAAAGAUUAUCCAAUCGCACUGAAAUAUCGUCAGGAAGAACAAAAUCUUUUAAUAAAAUAUUAUGGCCGUUUACAUGUUCAUGUAGCAGAUUCCUAUAAUAACCUGGCACUUGUUCAUCAUUUACUAGGUGACUACCAAAAAGCUAUUGUUAAUUAUGACAAUGCUAUCGCUACAACCAAUCAGUUAUCAAUAUUGGCACAUGAUCACCCGAAUAUAGCAAAUUUUUACGCUAACCGUGGACUUGUUUAUGCUAUAUUGAAUGAAUUCGAUGAAGCAACUGAAGACUUCACGAAAGCACUUGAAAUAAAACAAACAUGUUUUCCGACGCAAGCCGAUGACAUAAAUAAGUUAAAACAAUAUCUCGAACAAAUUAAGGAUAAAAGAUCGGAAAACUAA